AUGCCCUACACCGGCCGUUGUAACUGCACCAGCGUCUCUAUCACCCUUCCGGCACAGCCGGAGAGGAGUGUAGCCUGCCACUGCAUCAACUGCAAGAAAGCUGGAGGAGGCUCUUUCUCAAUCAACUACUUCAUCGAUCAAAGUGACAUGACCAUCGAAGACCCCAGCCAGGCAAUGAAGAUCUACAGCGAUCCCAACACUUCUUCGGGGAACAUCAUCCAGCGUCAUUUUUGCUCCAGUUGUGGAAGCCCACUAUUCACGUUGUCGCCAAAGGUGCCGGGUAAAGCGUAUCUGAAAGCAGCGCUGUUUGACAUUGUGUCAAAGCCAGAAUCGGUGUUUUUCGGCGAUAAGCAGGAGGAGUGGGUGAGCAUUAACAUGGCAUAG